CUUGUGGCUGCGCAUUGAAUAGCUAAUAUCAAUCCUUUUGGAGUAUGUUGAAUAAGAAAUUGGUGAAAUCGGAGACUAGUUGGCUGGGAACAGUGCGCAAGAUGGCAGAGAGUAAAGGUGCAUUAAUUGCUAAAACAGUGCAAAAACAUGCUGGAAGAGCGAAAGAAAAGUUCCUACAAAACUUUGGCAAAGUAGAUAGAACAGCAGAUGAAAUAUUUGAUGAACAUUUGGAGAAUUUUACACGACAACAAAAUGCUGCAAAUAAAUUACAAAAAGAAUUUAGUAAUUACAUCAGAUGUGUUCGAGCUGUACAAACUGCCUCCAAAUCGUUAAUGGACUCAAUAUCAGAAGUAUACGAAAGCCAAUGGACUGGACAUGAUUUAUUAUACGUACAAGCACAGAAUAUAGAAAUGUUAUGGCAAGAUUUUAGCCACAAAUUGGGGGAUCAAGUGUUAAUUCCAUUAAACACUUAUCAAAGUCAAUUUCCAGAAAUGAGGAAAAAAAUUGAUAAACGUGGUCGAAAAUUAGUUGAUUAUGAUGGACAGAGACACAAUUUUCAAAAUUUACAAGCAAAUAAUGCAAAGAAACGUGAUGAUGUUAAAUUAACAAAAGCACGUGAACAAUUGGAGGAAGCAAAACGUACUUAUGAACAAUUAAAUAGUGAAUUACACGAUGAAUUGCCAGCAUUGUACGAUUCAAGAGUGUUAUUUUUAGUUACCAAUUUACAAACAUUAUUCUCGGCUGAACAAGUAUUUCACAAUGAAACGUCUAAGGCUUUUGCUGAAUUAGAAGCAAUUGUUGAUAAAUUAGCUACAAACAGUCAAAGAGGUUCAUACACAAUUAAAAAGAGUUUAAAUAAUUCACCACCAGCCAUAACUAAAACAACAAAUAACUCAGUACAUCUAACAAAUAAUACAAGUCCACCAUCGUCUCCAAUUAGCAAUAAAACUCCAACUGAUUCUGGCGAAUCACCAAUAAAAACAGAAGCAAGUGAUGUGUCUAAUAAACGUAAUUCGAACGAGCCAUCAUUACAACAACAACAACCACUUCCAUCAAUCCCAUCCACAAAUUCCCCAACAUUAAAUGGUAACAAUACUACUACUACUUCCAAUAAUGUUCAAACAACAAAUCCAUCUAGUAACGAUUUAACAGACUCUAAUAAUGCCAGUAAUAAUAAUAAACGUGUUGAAGAAUUGUACGACAUACCUGUUGGUGCAAGCACAGAUAAUUUGCCACCUGGAGUACUAUACAGAGUGAAAGCCACUUAUAAGUAUAACAAGGAAGAUGUUGAUGAAUUGUCAUUUGAAGUUGGUGAUACAAUUCGAGUUGUUGAAUACGAUGACCCCGAAGAACAGGAAGAAGGCUGGCUAAUGGGAAUUAAAGAAAGCACAAAUGAAAAAGGCAUGUUUCCUGCAAAUUUCACAAGGCCAAUAUGAGUAUAAAAAAACAUAUUAUUAUAUUAUUUUUUUGUUUUAAUUUUUUUCGUUUAUGUUUUUGCUCAUACGUAUAUGAAAACAAUUCAACUAAUAAUGUAUUUUCCACACAUAAUUUGAGUCCAAAAACGGAAAAAAUCUCAAUUUUCUUCCAAAAUAUUUUCUCAAAUACAUUAUUAGUUCAAUACGUCGCGCCCUCCCAAUACAUAUUUACAACAAACAAACAAAAUUAUAUAUAUUUCAUGUUUAAAUGAAAUGUUGAUUUAAUUAAAAUAGUUAAUAACAAAAAAAACAUAUUAUUGUCUAAGUGCCUUUUUUAAACACAUAAAUAAUGUUAAUUAAAAAUAUUUAUAAAAAAAAAAAAUUAAUUAAAUAAUAAAUACGGCACUUUAUUAGAGAAAGAAAGAGAUAAUCUAUAACGACCAAUUAGAUU